AUGGCGAAGAUCCCGACAUCAGAACAACCCACUAGCUACUACGAGUGGGAUUACGUCGGCACCCGUGAAAAGCAAUACGCGACAUUUUCGUUUGUCGAAGAUCCAAGGGUAGUCGACGCCCCGUCCGAAGCCCUGGCGAUGGAUGAGCAGCUAUUCUCGCUCUAUGCAGUCCACUGCGAUGGGGUACCAACAUCCACCGGUUUCGUAUCACCCCUCCCAAAGGAAAACCACGAGGAAGUCGAUGAAUUCCACGACGAUACGCUUUCGGACGAAGACUUCCUGGGUCUUUAA